AUGGACGAUACAGAGAGUUAAUAUCACAAUCAUUCAGAGUAUUCAUUGAGAAAAAGAUCGGUGCCAAAGCAUCCCAAAGGAUUUGUAAACGAGUGGGGAGCCCUUCUAUAGCAUUAAUCUGAAGUCUAAAUGCUUCUUGAGUAGGAAUAACAAUAAAAAGAGCAUCAAAAGAAACAAAAAUUCAGGCAAGAGUUAGAUAAACAGCUAAAUGGAUUCAGGGAGAAGGCUCUAGAAAUGGAUAAGGAGAAGCACGACUUUGAAUAGAGAAAAAUCUUAGAGUAAAACAACACAGUGUUUAAGUAACGUGAGUAGCUUACAAAAUACGAGGAGAGGGAGAACACCAGACGCAUGAUGAAUGAAAACAUGGAGUAGCUCAGGUAAAAGAGAGAGCAAGAGAAAAGACAAGAUGAUUAGGAGAAAUUCAAGUUCAAUUCAAAGAAUCAGCAUGAUCAAAUGUAUGAGAGCUUGGCUAAAACUCAUGAAGAGCUACAAAAGAUGAAGCAAAAGCAGGAUCUCUAAGAUUGGUACAAAGAUGAAGCUUAUAGAAAGCAUUAGGUUUAAUAAAUGAUAAGAGAAAAAGAAAAGUUUGAUCAUUAAAACUUCAUCAAUCACGUGGACAAUAACCAUAUCAGAGCAGUAAAAGAUCAUCACGAUACCGUUGACAAGCAUGCUCACAUUAGAGAAUUUAAAACUGCUGUAGGUUAUGCCCCUGACGAACGUUAGUAUUAAAAGUAAUAAGCUAUUGAAACAAUGAAAAAAUAAUGGGAAGAAAGACAGCAAGAAGAAAAUAAGAGAAAAUAAAUGGAGGAGCAAUAGAGGAAGCAGCAGAAAGAGCAUAUAGUUGACACAUAUAAAUUCCAAAUGGAAAAAAGAAAGUAAGACUAGACUGUGAACAAAAUAGAAGAAUAAGUGUAUGGAACCGUUUUGAAAAGUAGUAUUGAUACUUUAAACUAAAUGGAUCAGCAAAGAAAGAUCUCUUAGAAGUAUCAAACCAAAGAGUAUGCAGAUUAACUUAAAAGACAAAUAGAUGAUUUCAAGGAUAGAGAACUGAAAAAAUAUAAUGAAAUGAGUGAUCGAGAAAGACAACUCAAUAUUAAGCCAUUAGUUGCCUAUGAAAAUAUGCAAAGCGAUAUUUAUGUGAAACAGUUACCAGGAUUCGAUAGAAAUAAUGACAAAGAUAACUACAGAAGAUAUAACCGUAAAGGAAUCUCAAAUGCUUUACUUGGCCAACUAGGAGAAGCAACAGAGACUAUGAGUCUCUUGGGAGACAGAAGGGGCUCACCGUUUGAGAAUGGUGGUGCUUUAACUGCAAGGGAUAAUUAAAAUAGAUAAAGCAUGCCUUUACUCUCUAGCAGAAUGAAUAACAAUGAUAACUUGUAUACAACUUAAUAAGGAAGAAGUUACAAGUUAGACCUAGACUUGAAACCGACUGCUUAAGUUACAUUUUAGGAUUAAUAUAAUAACAAUCAGUAGCAUUCUAAAACUCUGCAAAAUCUCUAGUAAGAAUAAAAUAAGUUACCUUCAGCAUUAUAAUCAAGCUAAGCUAACUAUAUUUCAUAAUAAAAGCAAUCAUAUAUCCCAACAGCUAUAGAAUAAGCCAGUAUGAGAUAAUCAGGAGCAUUAGAUAUUUAAAAACCAUUGAGAAGGAAUGAAACUGUAGGCAGUCUAUUUGGAGGAGGUGGUAGCAAUUCUAAUCAAUAGAAUGAAAAUAAAGCUGUCGAAGAUAGAUAUAAAACUAGUAGUAAUCUAUUGAAAGAUUCAUCGCCUCAAUAGUUUAACCUUCAAUCAUCUAGAGUAAGAGGUAAUAGUAGUGGUGGCAUGUCUAGUAUUUUUGGCAAUGACGAUAAGGACUUUAAGCAACAAGAAGAGGAAAGAAAAAGAUAAAUAGAGGAAAAGCGAAAAAGGGAUAUUGAAAAUAAAACUAUGGGCUCUAUAGCUGGUAUUCCUAGUGUUCUAAAGAAUGUAGAGCUUUCAAGGUAUCAUGAGGAACCACAAGUAGCCAAAUCCAACUAUAGAUAAGUGCAAUAAAACUCUGAUUUCCUUACUCAUAGAGAAAACCCACCUUAGUAAACAAGAUCGCUUCUAUCUGAUAUCAAGAAGCCUGAAAUUAAAAAGCCAGAGUUACAAGAAUUUAAGUCAAUAGGACUUGAAGGAUCAAGGACAGAGCGACUUGGAAACUAGACUACAACUAAUGGAGAGGCAAAGAAGACUUAGACUCUUGAGGAGAUGAUGGAUUUACUUAAGUAUAAUAAAGAACUAGACAAAAGGGUUAUCGGAACUAUGAAGGCUGAUAAUAUUCAAGAAGGUACUAAGAAAGUAUUCUAUGGCAAAGAUGAAAGAAUAACACCUUUACAGCACAGUGCAAGGCAACAUAUUCAUUGA